AUGCGCGUCGCAAAGGCCACCGCGACGAGCCCGCAAUUUCUAGGCUCGAAUAUCGAUCGCCGCGGGGAACUCGACGAUCGCGGCGGAAGCGCUGCUUCCGCUGCUGCUGAGUUAGGCGGAAAUGGCGGAGAUGGCGGAAAUGGCGGAGGUGACGUUCUACACGCCGCUGCGGAAAAUGCGCGCGGAGUUGGCGGAGACAGCGGAAGCGCGGAGGGAGUGGGCGGGGGAAACGCGGAGGGGCGGGAUUGCGGAAGGGCGGAGCAGAACUACGGGGAAGCAUCCGUCCUUGCGGAUCCCCCUCAUCGUGUUCGGUUCAUGCAAUUGCAAAAGUUUCUGAGAAGCUGCGACGAGUCUGACUAUAGCGCACUCACUACAUCGCUGCUGUCCAUGUCAGCAUGGGAUCGCAGCCAGUUCGCCGCCCACACGGAGAAGACUGUGCUGCAGCUGGGGGCGGAGGAAGGUGAGGGGGAGUGA